AAAAAAACAAUGAACCAAAGUCCCUAGGCCAGCCUGAAUUUUAUUGAUGACCUUGCACAUAACCUCGUCUAAGUUAUUGACGUUUUUUGUGAUGGCUGUGGUUUGGUAACUGGGGCUGGUAUCCGUUAGGGGCAUUAGAUUACGGUCUUAAAACCAAUUUUAUUGUUAGUUUGUGAAUUCAAUGAAGGAAGCUUCUCCCCCUGUAUCAGCGAUGGCCACACCAACCAAUGGUAGUGGCAACUUAGUGGACGAAUUUGAAGAGGCUUUCCAACACUGUCUGAACGUUUUGACGAAGGAGGAAGCAGUCCCCAAUUCCGACAAAGACGAGAUGAAGGUGGAAGUGGAGCAAACCACCUUGCGCUUCAUAGACCUGGCCCGUCAGAUGGAGGCGUUCUUCCUGCAGAAGCGCUUCCUUCUGUCGGCCUUGAAGCCGGAAAUGAUCGUGAAAGAGGACAUAAACGAGUAUCGUCUCGAACUGGCGCGGAAAGACGAGUUGUUGAAGCGCCAUUAUGAGAAAAUUGCAGUUUGGCAAAACCUUUUGGCCGAUUUGCAAGGCUAUGCCAAAAGUCCGGCUCAGGGUAGCGCCACGCCGACGUUGAAUAAUGGGGGUUCGGUGCAGAGUCCCAUGGCAGGUCUUCCCGGGAAUCAGACGCCGAAUCCUAUGAUGGUUUCCGGGAUGUCCACAACAAUGCAACAGCAGCUACAGCAGCAGCAGUUGCAGCAAAUGCAACAGCAACAGCAGAUGCAACAAAUGCAGCAACAGCAAAUCCAACAGCUACAGCAACAGAUGCAGGUGCCCCCGGGGAUGGCAGGCGGCGUGGGCCCCGGCAUGGUGUCCCCGCAGCAGGCCAUGUUCAUGCAACAGCAGGCCAUGGGCGGCCCCCGAGGCCCUUUUUCCCAGCAAGGCCCCGGUGGGGUUCUCCAGGGCCCUCUGGCGUACCUUGAGAAAACUACGAGUAAUAUAGGCAUGACGGAUGGGCGAAGGUGACGCGGGCGCGGGAGGGGGCGAGGUAGAGGCAGGGGUAGAGGUAGAGGUCGUGGCCGUGGGUCUUUGCCAGAUUAUGUAUCCCCAUAAUGUUCCCCCUCCCGAAGUUGGGAUAUGCACCCGUAUCCCGACGCGCGGCAAGGCAUUCCAAGGGGACUUCUAGCGGAUUUCAUGUGUAGGUAGUUAGUGGUACACCCUUAGAGUAGAUGUUGAGCAAAUCUUACAAAUAAGCAAUGAUUCAGAAGUGUAGGCGUUUUAUUGGUCACCGAGGCCGGUGGCCAGAAGUUCUUGAGUUGGCUGUGGGCACUUGGCAAAUUUCUAAGCCAACUUGGAAAACAAUUCUCUCGACGUGGACUCGUUUAAUUAAUUAAUUGUAUAAGAACCUUUAAGUAUUAUGAUAUCAAGAAGAAACGUCAUAGAAAUUGUAUAUCAAAAGAAGCACUACAAAUUCAAUUCGCUUUUAAAGUGGAGCCCCUGCGGCCCCUGGUAAACAAUGAAGCAGUCUUUCCUCAUAGUUGUUCAAAAACAACGAAAAGUACGCAAAUUAAGUAUUUGUUAUGAUUUUUAUCAUAGUUAAAUUUCCAGAUAUAUUUAAGAAUUGGUUACCACAGGGCGCCGCAAAGGUCUUAACUUUAUCAAUAUUGUUUUUAUUUCGAUUUUAACACUAUAAAAGUGCUUUUGCACGUCUACAAUAAUUAAACGUACUCAAUUAAAUCGUAAUUUGUAAAUUUAUAAAAUUAAAUUACGAGCUAACAUGCCACGAAGACCAAAGAACCACCAUUAUCUUUAAAAUGCGAAAACACUUUGGUCCUCGUGCAUUACCCAAAAUGCUAAAUUUGUAACCUAAGCGCAACCAACCACACUUAACUUUUGCAGCACCUUAAACUAAGAAAUUUAAAGGACAAAUGUGUAUUAUUUGAAUAAAAAAUUGUAUCGUGCCGAUCAGUUUGCAUAUGUAACGUUACCGAAUUUCAAAAUUGUGAUAUAAAUUAUUAAUAAAACAAAUUAUACUCAA